AUGCGAUUACUCUGGUGUAUGCAAAUCGAGGAGAAAGAUUCGAGCGUGUUCGGCCUCAAAGUUCGAAACAGACAGCUGGCCGUCUUCUUCACCCUUCUCCAGCUCUCCGUCGCCUGCAUCAGCUUUUUUCAGCACAUUUUCUCCAUCUACCGCUACCAAAACGUGUUCCUCUGCAAAUCCGACAUCGACUACGAGAAGGCCGAUUUGGAGACCCGUUUCCUCGCCUACGACAUGAUCAUCUUCGACUUUGGGCUGAUGCGUCGCGUGUUGGGCACGGACGAGUGUGUCGCGAAUUAUUUGGAUGGUGGUUACAUGCGGUUCGCCUGGUGUUUCCAGCACGCGUCCGCGUUGAGCUUGGCGUUGAUGGCGUUGCUGUGCUGUCCGAGGCCGAUAUGGCUGCUGUGGCCAGCACUAAUGAUGCAAUCCUCCUACUCCCUCGGCAUGUCGGUUUUGACGAUGGCAACAGCGCCCAAAAUUUUGGAAGCUUUGGGUGGAGCCGUCUCGAUAAAUCUUUGGAUACCAUUUCUCCUGUUUAUCGGCGGCUUUUGUGUGAAUUGGCUGUUCACGUUCGUCCUCUGGCAUCACUAUUGGCAUGUAGAACACAGGGAGGAACGGCGGAGGAAAGCGCUCAAAGAAUGCGAAAGAGAACUGGUCGGGGAUGAGGGACAAGACGAUUCUGAUGACGACGACGAUGAGGACGCCGACUGGAUAAAGCCGGAAUUUGUA